AUGCGUCAACUGCUCCAGGAACACACCAUGGAGAUCAGGCCAAUGGUAGCCCUGCGUGCUGCCCUAGUAGGCGGUGUAGCUGCAUUCGCAAAGAUCGCCGGGGCGAUGAAAGCUGCAGGCGGCGUGAAGGUUGGUGCGGCAGCUGCAGCCAUGACAGCCGCAGCGACGGCUGCCGUAUCAGGAAAAGACGCGGCUGGUUCUAAGCAAAAGCUCCCUUUCAGCAUUGCUUGCAAUCUGUAUGUGUCAUCUGUUUUUCUGCUUGGUGAUGGUGGUGCCUAUCCAGGGCUCACACAAUGGAUGGUGGUGGCGGGGGGGCAGCACCCGAAUGAGGUGACGCUGGUUGCGGCGCUGUCGGCGAUCGGGCAGAUGGGACUGCUAGCGCUGGGAAGGAGGGUGCAUCGGUAUGUUGCAGAUGGUGGUGUUGGUGGAAGCGUUAGCUUGGCGAAUGCGCUGAUCGACAUGUUUGGGAAAUUCGGGUGCGUGCCCUCUGCCAGGGAGGUUUUCGACGGCAUGGCAGUCAAGGAUGUGUACUCCUGGACGACCAUGGUUAACGUUUAUGCAAAGUGCGGCUACUUGGAGAGUGCAGCCCAACUGUUUGAGGAUAUGCCUAGGAGGAACGCAGUUUCUUGGAGUUGCAUGAUCGCUGCUUACUCACAGGCAAAUCAGCCUGAGGAAGCAGUGAGGUUGUUUAAAAAGAUGAUUGAAGAAAAUGUUGAGCCGAUUAAUGCUACCCUUGUAAGCGUGCUUCCGGCCUGUGCUCAGUUGGGUUGCCUGGAUCUUGGUAGGUGGAUAUAUGAUAACUACAUUGUCAGUGGUAAGGCUGUACUUACCGUGAAUUUAGGUAAUGCAUUCAUUGAUAUGUAUGCAAAAUGUGGAGAUUUGGAUGCAGCAUCAAGAUUAUUUGCUGAGAUGGGAGAGAGAAAUGUAGUGAGUUGGAAUUCGAUUGUCAUGGCCCAUGCUGUGCACGGUCAGUCUGAACAAGUCCUUCAUCUCUUUGAGCAGUUGAAAGGAACAGGUAUUGUGCCUGAUGAGAUCACAUUCCUUGGGCUACUUUCUGCCUGCAGUCAUAGUGGAUUAGUUUCAGAAGGGAAGCGGUAUUUUAAAGAAAUGAAAAUGGGCUAUCAGAUUGAACCUAAAGCAGAACACUAUGCAUGCAUGAUUGAUCUUUUGGGGAAAAGUGGACUUCUUGAAGAGGCACUCGAAGUUGCAAAGGGUAUGCCAAUGGAAGCUGGUGAGGCCGGUUGGGGUGCUCUUUUGAAUGCAUGCAGAGUGCAUGGCAAUGUAGAGAUUGGUGAAUUUGCUGCAGAUAAGCUAGUAAAACUCGAUCCAGUGGACAGUGGAAUCUAUGUACUCAUGUGCCAAAUAUAUGCAAGUAAAAGUAAAUGGGAUCAGGUGAAGAUGCUGAGGAUGUUGAUGAGAGAUAAAGGGGUAAAGAAGAACCCUGGAUGUAGUUCUAUUGAGGUGGAUGGAAAAUUUCAUGAGUUUUUGGCAGCAGAUGUUUCACAUGUUCAUUCAGAAGUUAUUUAUGCAGCAUUAAAGAACAUUUAUUACCAUUUAAAAUUGGAAGGUUAUGUUCCUCUGACUUGA